AUGCAAGUGCCGGUUCUCGGCUGCACUUUCCUCACGCUGUCAGAUCGUGAGGAAAGUACUGCCGAGAACCGGCAGUUGUCAGAGCGGGGAUCUGCACCGAUCAUCAGGGCAAUGAUGAUCAGUGCCCUGAUGAUCGGUGCCCAGCAGUGCCACCCGCAAGCUCCGCCCACCUGUGCCCAGCAAUCACCCACCUGUGCCCAGCAGUGCACCCACCUGUGCCCAGCAGUGCACCCACCUGUGCCACUCUGCAGUGCCACCCACCUGUUCCCAGAAGUGCCACCCACCUGUGCCCAGCAGUGCCACCCACCUGUGCCCACCCACCUGUGCCCACCCACCAGUGCC